AUGGGCUGUAAUGUUCAGAAAUCGAAGAGUUAACCAAAUAAACUUUAUCAAUCAUCUGAUGAAAUAUUAGAGAUGGAAAGAAUCAACGUUGAGAACUAAGCUUCGACCCGUGGGAAAAAGACUGAUCUUAAAGAAACACAAAAUUUAAUUACACAAUAACCAUAAAUUGGUAAUAGACUCUAAAACAUGACUAAUAAUGAUGAGCUUCUUAAAUAUAUCAAUAAAAGACACAGCAUCUCAUAAAGUCCCUUUGGUUAUAUUAAAAACUCCCCAGAAUAAAGAAGAAAAUAAUCCUUGAUGAAUAGUCCUAAAUUAUGA